UUUGAGCCCAAAGAAAUUAAAUAUAUAUCCAACCUUUUUUUUUCCCUACAAAAGUUGUCACUCCUCCCAAAAACCAGAGAGAAAGAAGCGCCAUGAACGUGGAUUCGCCUCAGAGUCAGAACACUUCACUUCAACGCCUUCAAAAUGUUGAGAAGAGAGUAGUUAGGGUUUUGGAAUUAGCAGGUGGAGUCAUGGAUGAACUUGCAAAUCCAUCUGGCCCUCGCAAGAAUUCGCUCAACAACCAUUGUGGCGAAUUUAUGCAACUAAUCAAGGAUAUCCAAGUGACAUUGCGAGAAGAGAUUAAGAGUGCAUGUGAGUAUCGACCAUUUGAGAAGUGUGAUUACAGUGCAAGAUUAUCGAGUGAGGUAUCUUGCAAGAAGCUGGAGUAUGUUCUUUCUCAGCUUGAUAAGAUGGAGGAGACUAUUAAUCAGUAUCAAGGUUCUACAUAAUGAGGAUCAAGAGUCUGCAUGGUUGUCUGCUGUGUGGAUGAAAAAAACCAGUUGGUUCUAGGAUUACUGGACCAUUGUAUAUGAGCAGCGAGCUAAUCAUUUAUUUUCCAACCUAUUAGUGUUUGUAACUUAGGCAUUUUAGUUACAUUAACCAUGUUUUUGAAUAGUGCAUUGUUUUUGCUGUAAUUCGUUAUAAAAUUUAGCAAAAAAUGUGUUGCAAUUUUGCAAUGGACUUGAGCUAUAUUUAUAUAAAAGUCUAACUAUAUAGAUUUAUGUUUGUUUUCAAAAUCUGUAUGAUAUUAUAUACUAAAGUAAUCAUCAGAG